UACGGUACGGACUGUCUUGACAAAACCCCCCGGACUUUCAGAACCGAAAACCGUCGAGAUUAGUGAACAGCACCCGACAAGAACGAAAGACUUGAUUCUCGCUGGAGCCGUGAUAUAUACUGUUCAUUUACACCCUGGACGAACGGCAUAGCAUCCUAUACAGAGGAAGACCUUGCUGCAGACCUGAGGUCAACUACACCUAAGAAAUGUUGUGUUAAGAAAACGCAUAUGCAGGUGGAUCCCACUCCAAUGAAUGUAGGGGAUGGAAGCACGGUGAGCCGAGAGAUCGGUGCUCCCAUUAAAGUGUCUGCGAGCAUGGUGGGGAACCCCCUUCAGACGCUGCCCCCUGAGCUCAGAGGAGAUGUGCUCCUCAGUCAGCCAAAUAAGACCACCGCAGCAACAGACUGUAAAACGCAGAUCAACGUCUGUUCAGACCCUAGCAACGUCAACCAUUGCCCAGUUGUCCAUCCCCCGCAAGAACACAACAAUGCUCCAACGUCAGGCACUCCCCUCAUUAGCUCUGACAAGAGAGCCGACAAGAAGAGAUCAGAGGUCCCUAAACCCAAGGCUGAUGGUGCUGGGGUCGUUCCCACACAUCAGUGGCCGUGUGGUACAAAGAACAGCCCUGAGGACCCAGUUAACCCAAGUCACAGCAGUGUGAUGUCCAAUAAGAAACCACAUACUCAGACCCAGCCAGUGAUUGGUCUUCCAGCUGGUUUUCAGUGCUCAACACUAUUUAAACCAGGCCAGCCUGUUGCUUUUCUUCCCUCCACUAACUUUUCAUCCCCACUCUGCAAAAUCACUCUUCCACCCGCGUUGGGUCAGAUCGCAGCAUUGCGAGAAGCCACAGGCAGCCAGUUUCAGAAGGGGAGUCAACCACAAAGCGCAGCUGCUGGCGUGGCACCACUGCUGCGGACCUAUCCAUAUCACUUCUCAGUGGGUCGAAGUCCAGCGCUUGAAAAGAAAACACCCACCGCAACACACAAACUCAAAUGUAAGUCGACGUCCAGUAGCAAGAGCUCCAAAGCUGGAGGGGAGCAGAAAUCCUCCAUCGCCUCAGUGGUGGCCUCUCCCACUAUCACUCUCCCAGCAUUAGGCUCUGCCCCACCACCCCUCUUCACAUUGUCUCCCACCGCUGCCAUCUGCUGUGGCCCUUCACUGGCCAGCAUCACCACUCAGGGCAGGCUGCUGAACCAUGUGGAGAAAGGCCCUCCGCACCGCAGUGCAGACAAGAUAUCUGUAGGCUUUCUAAAACUGAAGGCUUCGUCUGCUGCUAAGGACCAUGCGGUCACUUGCCCGACUGAAGCAAGGGACGUGCCCCUCGACCUGUCCGCCAAGUCGAAGAGGCCAAAAGCGGUCAAAGACCCUCCAAAAACAGUUGCCACCACAGAGCAUCUCCAUAACGAGGCAUGUCAGAAAGUUGCCCUCCAUCCAAAGAGGCCAUACCCAAUCCUACCCGACACCCACAGAAAUGGGGCUUAUCAAAAGCAGAGCAUCAGGCCCCUAAAUCACCAGGGUUUGGAAUCCAAAUCAUCCUGGGUCAAAGGUUGCUCUCAAGGCCCUAUUAAUAACGUCCCAGGAACCUAUGUAGGUGUGGCCAGCCCCAUACUUGCUUCCACCCUACGUAGCAAAGAUGGGAAGGGGUCCUUUGAGGACGAGUUCCAGACUUUCGCUAGACAGGAGACUAUCUCUAUCAUUGACCAAGGGGAACACCUGGCCACAAGGGGAAAGAAGGCAUUGUUCAUGACGAAGAGCAACCAGCACGUUCAUGUUAUCAAGCACCCUAACAGUACCAUCCCAGCUGUAACACAAAGCUGUCCCUUUAAGGGGGCUUUCUCCACAGCUCUGCCCGGCUCUACCAACUCACACUCUUAUCAGAAAUCUGCAAGUGUCAAAGCAGCAAUCCCAUACUCCCUCACUGUCGUCAAGCCAUUAUGGCAGCAACCACCACUUCUUCCUUACCAAGGUGCUUCUGUUCAGAGAAAGAUCAGUCAAGGGACUCCCAAAGUCAAGGGGGCCACAGGUUCAGAAGGUCCCAAAUUUCAGAGUGCCCAUCAAAGCCUGUCCAGAAUGUCCCCACUGUCCAACCUUGAGUCCAUAGUGAAGCAAAAAGCUCUAGAGACCACUGCAUUGACCGGCGAGGGAUACUGCCAUCUAUCGCCUAUGGCAUCCAGAAAGGCUGUGGUGAGCUCCCACACAAUGGGCCAGGACACAUUGUUCCGUCAGACUGCUGCCUUUGGAUGUCCACCUAUCAGAUCUGUGGAGAACAAAGAGACACUUUCCUCUAAAGGGUAUUCCACACAAGUUAUGAACAAACUUGAGAAAACGGGUGUCUCUGAGUGCAGAGAAAAGAGCUCUGAGAAACAUGUUAAACUGGGGGAGCAGGCAGGUGGAAAAGAGAUACAGGUCUUUGGAAGUAGUGGUUCAGCUAACAGAAACAGGAUGGACAGCAAAUUAGCCCAGGAGUUGGAGGGAGGAACAGUGAAGGAGGAGAGUAAGGCUACUGCUGGUCUCGAUCCCCGUGCUAAAUUGGAGGGGAUUGCCCUAUCCAUCCUCACUGGCCAGUGUGCAGGGUUAGCCGAGGUGGAGAAGAAGACCAAUGGAACUAGAGGAGAGGAGGAGUCUCCCACCAAACCAAAAGCUGCCUUCACCAAACAGAAGAAGCCCCCUAGUCCAAGGAAGCCGGCAAAGGAGAAGUCAUCACUGGACCCUUCAAAGAUGGCUGUGGUGCCAGUGAAGAAAAAGCCAGGCCAGGAGACCACUCCAGUUAAGAAAGAACCACGUCCUAAAAAGAAGAAGCCAUGUGCACCUGUACUGGAGCACAGUCUGUCGCUGGCUGUACCAUCCCCACACAGGGAGGAGGGAGAGAACACUAGCAGGGAGAAGAGCAGCCCCACUGAUAACAAGCAGACUGCUCACAACAAACCAGUAGGUUUUGAAGUAGGUUUCACAGGUAAUGGGAGUAGUCCUCUCCCCAGUCCCCAGUGCUCUGAGAUCCCAGUCUCCUUCAGCAGUCCUGGAAGAGCCAAUAAGGAGCCAGCGUGCUCAGAGAGCUCCACCCCCAGGCUGAGGAGGGGCCGACGGAGGGGUGAUGAGGCUUGGCUGGACGACUGGGGCUUCAGUCCUCCACCUUCCCCAAAUCUCCCCCACUCCCCUACAGCCCCUCCUCUCCAGCCUGCCCGCCGGCCCAGGGGCAGACCGCGCACCAACCCCCUGCCUGAGAAGGCUCCCCAGGGCAAGGCCAGACCCGCCCCCAGCACUGAGGGAGACGCCCUCAAACACAAGAAACGGUCCCGCUGCCGGAACAGGAAAUACCAGAAUGGGGAGUACAUCACUGGGAAGGACAGGGAUGGAGACGGAGAGGGGGAGGAGAGAUCUGUCACCACCAGGCAGGGCACUCAAUCUGAAUCAGAUUUGACGGCUGCCAUGUACCCACGCCUCAGUGACUCUCUGACCUGCCGUGGCGCCAGCCCAGAGCCUGAUCCCAGGAGGCCCUCGUUCACCCGCUCAGGGUCGGUGCGGCGCCCGGAGAGAGAGGCCUCCCCAGAGCCCAGCGACAAACCCUCUGGGAAGAGGAAGUUCAAGAGCAAGCACUUGAGUGACACAGAUGAGCCCAAGAAGCUCAAGACCAAACGUUGCAGCUUGGGAAAGCGCCCAGCCUCUGUGGCAACGGAUGAUGACAGCCCCGACGCUAAGAAACCAGCAGGCCUCCAGGCUACCCCUAAGUGCUCGUCCUCCCCUCCACCCAGCAAGAAGGGGACCUCAGGAAGGGGAGGGGUACCAGAGUCUCCCCCUAGCAGACCUGUUCCUCCAGAGGUUCGCCGGCUCAUUGUCAACAAGAACGCCGGGGAGACUCUGCUACAAAGAGCCGCCCGAUUGGGCUACCAGGACGUGGUGCUCUACUGUCUGGAAAAAGAUGUGCGGGAGGUCAAUCGGCGUGACAACGCAGGUUACACGGCUCUCCACGAGGCGUGCUCUCGAGGCUGGAGCCACAUCGUCCAGGUGCUGCUGAAACACGGGGCCGACGUCAACUGCAGCGCCCAGGACGGAACACGGCCCAUCCAUGACGCAGUAGCCAGUGAUAACCUACCUGAGCUGUGGAUGCUGCUGAACCACGGGGCUGACCCCACCCUGGCUACCUACUCCGGACAGACGGCGGUCAAACUGGCCCAGAGCCCUAGCAUGAAGACCUUCCUCAAAGAAUACUUCACAGACCUGGAGGGGAGAAGUGACCAGGACCCCAGUCUGCCAUGGGACUUCUACAGCAGCUCCGUGUUUGAGAAUGGCCAGGAGGCAUGCUGGGACUUCCUGCUCUCUCAGCGGGAGGAGGAGGAGGACGAGGGGAGGAAGGAGAGAGACUCUGAUAGGGACUGUCUCAUGUUUGAAUUCUCUUCGGAGCCCCUCUUACCCUGUUACCAUGUCCAAGUGUCAUUAACCCAGGGCUUUUGCAAUUGGUUCCUGUUGACGGACGUCCUGAAGCGGCUGAAGAUGUCUUCCCGGAUAUUCCGGGCGCGGUACCCGCACUUGGAGGUGGUGAGCCUGGCGCGAACAGAGAUGUGUAGGCAGGUGUCUGUCAGCCAGGUGAGCACAGCCUCCGCACAGCCUCAGGAAGAGGGAGAGGGGCCGGUGGAGCUGGUCCGCUGUGUCCCCGAGCUCCAGGGACUGCUGGGUUCCUCCAUUCACAUCCUACAGGAGGACGAGGGGGAGGAGGAGCCCCCCCUGCUCUUUCACAGCCCCUCACACAUCCCAACUGUUCCCUUACACGUCCCCAGUCUCACCCUAACCUCCCGCAAGCAGCAGAUUAAAAUUAACAAUGUUGGGAGGCUGCAGCCAUUGUAAUGGUGGUUGUGGUAUGGUAAUACCAAACAAUGUCUACGCCACAGGAGGCUGGUGGCACCUUAAUUGGGGAGGGUGGGCUCGUGAUAAAGGCUGGAGUGGAAUUCGUGGAAUGGUAUCAAAUGCAUCAAACACAUGGUUUCCAUGUGUUUAAUGCCAUUCCAUUUGCUCCGUUACCGGCCAUUAUUAUGAGCCGUCCUCCCCUCAGCAGCCUCCACUGGUCUACGCCACUGGGAAGAACACACCUCACUAAUGACCUGGGACUUCCACAUUGAGGAGAAAUGGGGGUCAAGGCAGCACCACCUUGAGGAUGGGUGUGGGUGCUCGGUGCUGGAGAGCAGAUUUCAGGUUCCAAUCUGUAGGUAUUUUUCAGGACCCAAGAAAUAUUCUGUAAAGAUCUUUUUUUAUGAUUCUGUAUGUAUAUGGUACUAUAUGUAUAUCUUGCCAUCAGAGUGAUCACAUUUGGUAUUAAUGUAUUCGUGUGGCAAGGGAUGGAUUAUGUUUAGGAUUUUAUUUUUGUGGUUUUGUUCAGUUUGUUUGUUCCUGAAGGAAAGAUAAUAUUUUUCGGUGGGAGAUAAUCCAAGGUUUUUAUCUCGGUGAACUCUUGCGUGCAGCUAAAAGGCUUACAGCCAGGCCAGCUAACAGUGGCAGGAAGGCCCCAGAGCCAGAUGGUUCCUCUGUUAAAAUGGGAGACCCAGAGACCCACAGAGAAGAGACCACGGACCCACACACACAGACACACAAUCUGCCCAGCUAACAGAACCAUAGAACCACAGUGAUCCAUUUCAACCACACAGCAUUCUCAAGUUUCUAAGUAGAUGGCCAUUCGAUUUGUGUUACUUUUCUUUUGUCUUUCAUUUUGCAGUGCACAUGAUUUCACCAAGCAUCUACCUGUAGGCUUCUUACCCCCAGAUCAUGGAUUGAUUUAGUUGAACUUGAGAAUGAAUACUUGUUUACAGAUCUCAACAGAUGGAAAGGUGUCCCUGUAGUUUUCUUCCCUCCUCCUGCUUACCAGAUGAUGGGAGUGGGAAUAGAAGUGCCACAUAGCAUCUGUGGGGAGACCAGCGUCCUCUGUUCUGACUGCCACCCUUCACUUUGCUGCAUAAGAGUGACUCACAGGAGGGAUAGGAUAGGUAUGGUUUUACUGCGCCUUGCUCAUCCCUCUGUCCUCCUCAUGGGGCUAUGGGCGAACUCCAACGUGCUAUGUGGCGUGUGUUUUAUUUACACUGUUGUUUGUGCUUAAUUUAAUAGUCAUUAAUAUAUUUGACCUCUUGUGUAUCUGACAAACAAUUUAUGAAAAAUUGCUUUGUAUGGUUGGUGCUUCAUUUGAAAUGUACAAUUCAGGAUCCCUUUAUCCUUCCUGAGAUGUUUUUUUUUCUCCCCUUAUUGCAAACAGUAUUUUAACAAGCAAAAGUACAGUUUUAUUGUACUGGUGCUAAGCUAGAAUUUGUGUUGACAAUCAAUUAAGUUUUUGUUUGAAGUUAAAACCAAUAAAUUAUAUUUAAUUAAGAUGAAGUGACAGAAAUGUAAAGAAAAAGUAUAGUUUCAUUACCUAUGAUGAAGAAAGUGGAAUACAUCUAGUCUGGAGAAGAGGACAAUGUACUGCUUGUGUGAGUGCUGUUAAAACAGGUUAACCUUCUAUUCAAUUUUUAUUUUUAAAUCAACCAGAAUAAAGCAUGAUUGUGAA